AUGGCCUCUUACACGGCUUACAGCGGCUACACCAAGCCGCCUCAAUCCUACGUGGGAACUUACUAUGAUGAGAAACAGGCCCAGGCCUACACGGACUACCAAGACUCGAUCUACGAAGAGAAAAAGAGACUUGAGCGAAAGGAUCGUCGAGAUGCCAUCUGUUGUGAGGUAGUGGCUCUCAUCAUCGGCUUCAUUGGACUAAUCGGAGUGGCGGCUGUAACGGGCCUGCCGAUGUGGAAGGUAACAGCCUUCAUUGAGGAAAAUAUCAUCGUCAUGGAGACCCGGUGGGAGGGUUUGUGGAUGAACUGCUACAGACAAGCCAACAUCAGGAUGCAGUGUAAGGUGUACGACUCUCUGCUGUUUCUGCCUCCUGAUCUUCAGGCCGCCAGGGGUCUGAUGUGCGCUUCCGUGGCCUUGACAACCUUCGCCCUCAUCGUUUCAGCAGUAGGGAUGAAGUGUACCAAAGUGGUGGACCACAGGGCUCGCACGAAGCACGUUGUUCUUGUGGCCGGAGGCUGUCUGUUCCUCAUGGGCUGUAUCACCUGCCUGAUCCCCGUGUCCUGGACCGGCCAUGUCAUUAUCAGAGAUUUCUACAACCCUCUGCUGAUCGAUGCCCAGCGCAGGGAGCUUGGGGAGGCUCUUUACAUCGGCUGGGUGACCUCAGCUUUGCUCUUUACUGCCGGGGUGAUUCUGCUGUGCCGUCACGCUCCCCGUACCCAGGACCCAGAGGAGAGGAUUGUGUACAACCCUGGGGGAAAUAUCUACCAGCCAGGAUACACAUAUCAGCCGUACACCUACCAGCCAGCGUACACCUACCAGCCAUCCUACUCUAUUCCCCCAGCGGGGUCUGUGGCAUACACACCAAGUCAGUACUAG